AUGGAUAUUCCGAGACCAGGUCUCGACCUCGAGAAGGAACUCACUUGCUCGAUCUGCACCGAGCUUCUAUAUCAACCUCUUACUCUUCUCGACUGCCUGCACACCUUUUGCGGUGCCUGUCUCAAGGACUGGUUCAGCUUCCAAGCCGCCUCCGCCCAAGAUGCGCCGACCCCUCCCGCCCCGGGCACCCCCAUCUUCACCUGCCCCUCAUGUCGCUCCGGCGUGCGGGACACGAGGCAUAAUGCCACCAUCGCCACGUUGCUCGAUCUAUACUUGAAGGCGAACCCGGAGAAAGAUCGCACCGAUGCCGAAAAGGAGGAGAUUGCGAGCAAGUUUAAGCGGGGGCAGGAGGUGUUGCCCAAGAUUAACGUGGAGAAGUCGCCGGAACAACUGAGGGCUGAAGAGGAGGAUCGUAGGCUGAUGGAGGAGGUGCGGGCCAUGAGCUUAAGGGAGGUGGGUGUUGAGUCUUCGCUGGCACCUACUUCGAGGAGAAGGAGGGGCGAGAGCAGGGACGCAAGCCAAGACAGUCGCACGAGGCGGGCGCGUGAGAGCUCUGCGAGGCCACGGGGUGAGGAGGGGGGAGGACGGACCAGGAGCAGGCAUCCUCCCGAUAGUAGUAGGCCGUCGGAGGAACGGAGACGUCGACGAAGCGAGUCGACACGACGGCCCGAUGAGACGACGGCAGCGGCGGUGGAGGCGAGGACGCGGCAGAUUGAGCAUCAGUCCUCAAUCCGGUCGCUCAUCGGCUCUACGAACAUGAGUGAGCGGGAUAUCGAGCGCGAGAUUGAAGAAUUUGCUCGUCAGAUCCAGGAGGAGGGGAUUCUUGACGGACUGGACCUUGAUAAUAUCGACCUCGAGAGGGAUGAUGAGUUGAGUCGGAGGAUCACGGAGGCAUACAGGAGGCGGCAGAGGGAAAGAGCAAGGCAGCAAGAAUCUGCUAGGGAGUCUGGUCGGGAGUCUGGUCGGGAGUCUGGUCGGGAGUCUGGUAGGGAAUCUGGUAGGGAAUCGACCCGGACCAACCCCGUCGCGACUGACCCGCCCCCGGAGCCGAACCCGCUGGACGCACAACGUCCCCGAGAAGGUGAUAGCGGAGCCGGCCGGCGACGGAACUCGGCAGGGGCGAGGAUGCAUUCCGAAGACCGUAGCCGGACGCAGCAAGGCUCUCACCACCUGGGGGUUCAAGAGGAGCCUCGACAUCGCCGGAGGACGGCCAGUUCUUCGCGUACCUCCACAGCCCCAGUCAACCCUAGCCCGAUAAUUGCUCCGACUGCUACUCGAUCGCAAACCGAUCUCAGAAGUCAUACGCGCCCCGCGAAUGUCGCCAAUCCGAGGGCUGUACUUACUGAGAGUCGGGGCUCGAGCUCACCUGUCACCGUGCAGAGCCCAGCAGAAGGAUCUCACUUGUCUUUUGCGAGCAGAGUACCUCUUCAAAACAAGACCGGCGUUGGGCCUCCAGAGCUACCUAGCCCCACUCGCAUGCAGAGACCUCGCCGACCUACCGAACUCUCGCUCGCGAAUCGCUCUACUCACAGCAGCCCUCUCGACAGCCCGAACUCCCCAGCCCCCCAACGACCCCCACUCGUAUUUGUAGAACCGGCAAUCAGCUGCUCGCGGUGCAACAAACAAAACAUCGAGUACAGCGUUCACUAUAAUUGCGGGAUUUGCGCGGGUGGGAACUGGAAUAUUUGUCUGGAUUGCUACCGAGCCGGCAGGGGCUGUCAGCACUGGUUCGGGUUCGGCUAUGUUGCCCUUGCGAAGUGGGAGAAGGCACGCGCGGCAAACCCUAGCAUUGAGCCAUUCCACAUCCUCAGGGCAAGCCGUUACCUUCCACCUAUGAUACGCCCUGUCAGGGGAGACGACGGGUGGCUACGUACACCGGAGGACCCGAUGGAAAGAUUACAGAGCGGGACGUUUUGUGACAAGUGCUUGGCAUGGUCCAACGGCUGCUACUGGAGGUGCGAUACCUGCAACGACGGUGACUGGGGCUUCUGCAACAACUGCGUCAACCAGGGCCGCUGCUGCUCACAUCUACUCCUACCAUAUGUCUAUCAACCACCCUCGACGCACAACACGCCGCCCGCAAGCCCUCGACCUCCGAAGCUCCCGCACAACACGGCUAUCUUCACCGGGUCCUCUGCCACGAACCUGAGCAGCUUCCAGUCCCUGACGUUUAUGACGAAGUGCGAUAUCUGCCAGGACCAGAUCCCCCCAACGCAGAGCCGAUACCACUGCUUCGAAUGCGUGAGUUCUGUGGAUCCGGAUACGCAGCCAGGCGACUACGAUGUUUGCGUAUCCUGCUACACGGACCUCGUCAGCCGGCGGCGGAUUAGCCCCGAAAACGGUCCGAGGGGGUGGAGAAGGUGCUUGGCCGGUCACAGGAUGGUCAUGAUGGCGUUCCAAGAGAGCACAGUGGGACAGCGGAGAUAUAUUGUGCGCGAUCUCGUCGGCGGACGCCGGCUCCGGACCAACCCUGUCGAGGGAACCUCGGCGCUGGUUUCCUGGUGUUGGCCGCAAGGCGACCAGAAGCUGGGACGGCUGGUUACGACGGACGUGGCCGCCACGGCACCGGCUGUCCCCGAGGGAGAUGGCGCUCUGCCAGAGGGGGUCGUGCGCGUCCAGACCUUCCCGCCAGAUGGAGGACUGGGGCUAGUAGCCAGGGCAAGAUGGGGUUGGCUUCCAAUACACCGGCAACGGGGAGAGGACGAGUUGUAUUUCCCACGGAAUGCGGAGAUUCGCGAAGUUGAGGAGGUUAAUGACGAGUGGUACGUUGGGUCUUAUAUGGGCGAUGUGGGCCUAUUUCCUGCGCCAUACGUGCGGCUCUUCUCGACAUGA